AUGUUCGAGCACAAGUGCUACUGCGAGCUCUCCGAGCAAGAGUGCGCGGACAAGCACCACAUCAACAUCUGGACCGAGACGUGCGUCAAGCCGUGCACCAGCGAUGGGGACGGCGUCGGCUGCUACAACCAGGCCGGCGACCACAAGGCAGCGCUGAGAGUGCCGCUCCUCCGGCGCCGCCUGCUGAGCACGCGCACCGAGUCUGACGCCUUUGGUCCCAUUGAGGUGUCCAACGAUGUGCUGUGGGGAGCACAAACGCAGCGUUCGCUCCAGAAUUUUCCAAUCGGUGGGUCUGCGGCUGUGAUGCCGGAGCCUGUCAUUCGAGCGUUUGGCGUCCUCAAGAAGUUGGCCGACGGCCACCGCGGCCUCUGCCUGACGAGCGACGGCCCAGCUCCGCCCUCCAUCAAGGCGGCGUGGAAGGUGGCCAAGGCGGGCAAGGCGCCAGGUGUGGCUAAGAGCCCGGGCGCGCCCCCGGUGAAGCUUCACUUCGACAUCGAGCCCGCCUCGCCGACGCGUACGGGGCCGGCGUGA